UGGAGGCGGGGCGGGAGCAGAGGACAGCAGACAGGCUCUUCCCUUCGCUGCUGCCAUGGAGUCCUGCAUCAAGCCAUGAGGGGCAUUCCCUUCCUGCUGCUCAUGUUUCGAGAUUUAAAUCCUCCCACCCCCUCCCUCUAGUGGUAUCGCUCAGCUGGAAGGGGAAGGAGGCACCAAAAUCCCGAGCAGUGCAUAUUGGGAAAUGCAGUUUCUCGAAUGAGUGCGUCCUUUGCUGUAGUCAUUCACAGAACUACGCGUCCCAAAAUGCACAGUUGUGGAAUUCAGUAAGGGUAGUAUUUCAAGCUAGGGCUACACCUACACUGGGCAGUGGGCUGGGUGGGCACCCCUUGUGAUUUCCUGCUGGAUCCGCUUAAGGGGUAGCCUAGUUGGGAACGCUGCAUGGACUAAAAUCCGGAGCUGCUUCCCGAAGCCCGCUGAAGAAGGCACUGCUGGCGGCAGGGGAAGAAGGUCCAUGAAGUGGAAUCUGGGUGUCAAAAACCUUCGUCCCUCAAGAGAGAACAAGGAGUCAUCUUGAUAUUAUUGGAGGCUGCCCUAGAGCACAGAUUAAAGAUGAGAAAGAAAGAUUCUGCUGGACUUGAUGCAGGAAGCGGUCCUGAUGUCACCCAGGCUGAGAGCAGUGGGGGAUUCUGGGAAAGGAGCACACAGAAGAUCCUGAGUGGGGACAUCCUGAACUCAGAUAUACAGUGCCAGCGCUUCAGGCAGUUCUGCUACCAGGAUGCGAAGGGGCCCCGAGAGAUUUGCAACCAGUUGCACAACCUUUGCCAUCAGUGGCUGAUGCCAGAAACACACCACAAAAAUCAGAUCCUUGACUUGGUGGUCCUGGAGCAAUUCUUGACCAUCCUACCCCCUGUGAUGGAGAGCUGGGUCAGAGAAUGUGGAGCAGAGACCAGUUCCCAGGCAGUGGCCCUGGCAGACGGUUUCCUCCUGAGCCAGGCAGAGGAGGAGAAGCAGGAAGAGCAACAGAUCCCAGGACCGUUGUUGGAAGCAGCUCUUUGUUUCUUUAAGACAGAGAGUGAUCCAUUAAAUGCCAAGCAGAGGCUGCUGUCCAGUUGGACCUCGCAGGAAGUUGGCGGAGCUGCCACCUCGCUGGGUAAGGGGGGAUGGGUCGGACAUCUUCUUGGUCUUCUUCUUGCUCAAAUAUUCUCAAAAUAGAUGGAAUGCUUUGAUGUUUCUCAGAGCCCAUUUGAGGAGGAUACUGCCUUCUAGCCUCUUAUUAUUUAUUUAAUUAUUAGAUUUAUA